UGCCGACAUCGGUCGAGAGGUCGUUCUUUUCCGUCGACCAAGCUCCUCUCUCCUUCUCCUUCGUCUCUCUCCCUGACCCGCUACCCCUUCCAAUAUAUCUAAUCACAAAAUUGGGGAGGAUGGUGUGAGGAUUAUUGGGUCAUCGAGGGAGGGAGGGAAGAAGAAAAGAUGCAGAGCCGAGGAUCGGGCCACCGCCAGCCGGGGCUGAUGCUCCGCUCUCGGAUCUCCUCGGUGAUGCUCGCAAUGUUCGCCACUAUGGCCUCCUUCUACGUUGCCGGCCGUCUGUGGCAGGACGCAGAAAAUAGGGUUUAUCUCAUUAAAGAACUCGAUCGGAGGACCAGCCAGGCGCAGUCAGCUAUAUCAGUUGAUGAUACACUGAAGGUAGUAGCUUGCAGGCACCAACAUAAGAGAUUAGCAGCACUUGAGAUGGAGCUGGCUGCAGCAAGGCAUGAAGGCUUUGUGGGAAGUUACUCUUCUGAGACUAAUGGGACUAAUAAUAGGAGAAGGCUGAUGGCUGUUAUAGGAGUCAUCACAGAAUUCGGGCGGAAGAACAGUAGAGAUGCGAUUCGGAGGUCAUGGCUUCCAACUGGUCCUGCAUUGAAAAGGUUGGAAGAAGAGAAAGGCGUCCUAGUACGAUUUGUGAUCGGGAGAAGUACACAUAGAGGAGACAGUUUUGACAGGGAAAUUGAUGAUGAAAAUAUGCAUACAAAGGAUUUCGUCAUUCUUGAUAAUCAUAUUGAAGCAUCAGAAGAACGUCCCAAAAAGACAAAGCUGUUUUUCGCUCAUGCUGCAGACACCUGGGAUGCUGAGUUCUAUGUUAAGGUCAAUGAUGAUGUUUAUGUCAACAUCGAUGCUUUGGGAGUAAUGCUUGCAACUCAUUGGGACAAACCCCGUGUUUAUAUGGGAUGCAUGAAAUCUGGCGAAGUUUUCUCCCAGUCGAGCCACAAAUGGUAUGAACCAGACUGGUGGAAAUUUGGCGACGGAAAAUCAUCUUUUCUUCGUACAUAUGCCCAUGAUGAUGUUAGUGUUGGAUCAUGGAUGAUUGCGCUUGAUGUCAAGCAUAUUAAUAAAGGGAGAUUUUGCUGCUCAUCAUCAUGGUCCUCAGGAGCCAUAUGUACAGCUGUGUGAUGAUGUGUUUUCGGAGAAAGGUUUACAAUUCAUGUGGAAUGCCCCUCGCUCUGCAGCGGCCAAUCUGCAUCAGUAGUUGGAAGCGGCGGCCAACAAGUCUGACAGGAAUCCUUGUCAUCUAGGCUGGGUCUACUAGAAAGAUGGCAUGACCACCUGUGUUAGCAUGGUUGCUCAAAUCUCAAGAGGAGCUGGUUUCUUCAUUUCAGGAUGCUACAACGGAGUUUAUCCUGGAAUUGAGAAAACUAACAGAUUCCUCGCUGUGUGUAUCAUGGUUUUGCCUCUCAUUGUUGGCACAUUCUUUUGUCGAGGAAGAAAUUUUAUGUCACGCGAUUGACAGGACUACAGGAAAUCAAUUUUUACACGAGUUCAGUUUCGAGUUUU